AUGGCAUAAGAAUAAUGGGAAACUAUUUACACUAGCUUUAAAGGUAAUGACCAUAAUGAUGCUGAAGGUUAUUUUCAUCUUUAAUGAUUUAGGUUGGAUAGUAAGCAAUAAUUAUUAGGGUAAUUUAUUCACUAAAUGUAAUGGUGUUACAUUGUUUGGAGGAUAUAAUGCAUUUGGAAAAGAUGCAAUAGUAUCAAAGUUAUUUAAACUGCCUCCUCAUCAUCAACUUAAAAUUACUUUUUAAUUUUGGAAGUAUUUCUUAGAUAAAAAAUAGAAUUGAUAGCUGGAAUGCUGAAUUUGUCUAUUUAAUAGCUGAAGAUUAUAAAUGGUCAUAAGGUUAUAUAUAUUAUCAAGGGACACAAUAAUGUGGAGUUUAUUACAGUGACUGGAAUGAGAUGAGUCAGUUAAUUACNAGGCUCUUAGUAUAAGUUACAAACAGAAAAACUUUAUCACAUGUUAAUAGAUAGCUAAAAAGUUAAUUGAAUUGUUAAAAAAUGAUACAACAUAAAAACCUGAAGUUUUAUAAAAUGCAUAAAAGGUAAUAAUUAAUGUAUAAAAUUAGUAUGAAAAAGCAUCAUAAUAAUAAAAUACAAAUGCUGUUUAAAUUGAUUUUAAAGAAAAUUGGCUUAAUGAAUAGCCUAUCUACUCUGUAAAUACACUUAAAUAUCUAUCAAUUUAUAAAACAUGUCCUUAUGAUGGGAGUACAUAUGAAAAUGAUUAUUCAUAACUAUGUCUAGUGUGUGGAUUAUGUUUAGUUGGUAAAGCACCUGGCCUAAAAAGCCUUUAAAAACCUUGAAUAAAUAGAACAAGAGAAUUGUAAAUUAUAAUGCUUUAUUUUUUAAGAUGUUAUCAUAUCUUUUAAUUUUUAUAAUCUUUUUUUUAAAUAAUAAUACAUCUUUUAAAUAUAAUCGUUAUUUUAACUAUUAUAAAAUCUUGGUUAAUAAUAUGAGGAGUUAAUCAUAAAUAUUAAGUGA